GAAUACGACAUUCAGGAUCAUCGACCAUUUCUUUCACUCAACCAAAGUGGCUUGAACAAGGCGGAUCAAAUCAAAUUUGCUCGUUAUUUAGGCCAAGGUCUACCAACCUUUACACUUUUCUGCAUUUAUAGUAAUUUCAAAAAUCUUUUCUGCACCAAACGCACGGAAAUAUACACUAAAGAUGGUUAUAACCUGCCUUACAUACUGGACAAAACGAAACGUUUUCUAUCGAAUACGACGGCAGGCAAUACUCCAAGCAAAAGCAAUCCAUCAACGCCUCAUAUGCAAUCAGUUCAGCCACAAUCACAGUCACAGCCACAAACCCAGCCACAACCGUUACAACCACAACCCUUACAACCACAACCGCUUCAACACCAUCCGCUACAAUCACAACCGUUACAUUCACAACUUCCAAAAACACUACAAACACAACCACAUCCAAAGCUAAUGUUAAAAGCACCUUCUAUGCCACCAGCAGCACAGCUACAACAGCAAUCUUUACACCUACCCAUGUCCAUGCCAAGAGGUUCACACAAAUAAUUUUUAAAUUGACAUUUACAUAAAUAUUUCCUAAUCGUAUAAGAUAAUAAUUUAGUGAAUCAAAACAGCAGUGUUUAAUCUGUACAAUAUCGUAGAAAAUACGUAUGUUACGUUAUUUUUAUUUGAUUAAGUAUAUUUUUAAAAAGGUAGUUAAGAGCAUUGCUUACAUGUCGUUUAUUAAUUUGUGCCGCUUUUUAGUUAUUGAAAAGAUUUAAUUAUAACAGAAGUAAUUUUACAAACACUGUAAAGAAUUAGACCAAUAUUUAUGCAGAUUUGUCUACAUAGUAUAUAGUUGCAUAGUGGCCAGAAGCCGGAUUCCGACAUUCGCCGUCGCUAAUUUUGAUUGCCAAAAACACACUGCCAGAUUUGGCUGAUUACUAAUGUGACCAACCGUACUUCCUUCGGAAGUGCAGUACUUCUUUUUUCGCUAUUGUACUUCGUACCUCG